AUGGACUCAAAGAAGAGGGAACCGAGUUGGGCCGCCGGGACGCGGCUGGGCGGACAGACAGCGACCCGCGGGACAGCGGAAGGACGCGCUGGGAGGCGCAGGGUCCGGCCGACUGCCAAGGAGUCGCCAGUAGGUGAGGACGCGCCGUCCGGGCGGCUGCAGCAGCGCGGGGCGGAGGGGUCGGGCGGAGCGGGGAGCCUCGCCGCAGACUCCCCGGCGCGGGUGACUCGAUACCAGGUUGAAGUGUUGGUCCUGCGGCGCGUCAUUGUGCGUCUCUUUGCGGCCCGGGUUGUUUACCUGGUGGUGUCUGGCGCCUGCGGGGCGCGCGCGGGAUCCGGAGAGCCGCGGGCAGUGCUGGUGUCUGUGUCCCAGGUGCAGCGCGUCUGCGUGCAGGCCCAGGGCCCCCCGCCAGUGCCCAGCACCGCUGGGAGCCCCGGCAGCACCACGGACGGCGCCCAGGAAGCCCGAGUCCCCCUGGACGGGGCCUUCUGGAUCCCGAGGCCCCCGGCAGGUUCUCCCAAGGGCUGCUUUGCUUGUGUGUCCAAGCCCCCUGCCUUGCAAGCUUCCGCGGCCCCCGCCCCGGAGCCCUCGGCCUCUCCCCCCAUGGCGCCCACGCUGUUCCCCAUGGAGUCCAAAAGCAGCAAGACGGACAGUGUGCGAGCCACCAGCGCCCCCCAGGCCUGCAAACACCUGGCUGAGAAGAAGACAGUGGCGAACCCAGCAACUGUGGUGGAGGUCUACCCGGACAGCAGCGAGGUCAAUGACUACUACCUGUGGUCCAUCUUCAACUUCGUCUACCUCAACUUCUGCUGCCUGGGUUUCAUCGCCCUGGCCUACUCCCUCAAGGUCCGGGACAAGAAGCUUCUCAAUGACCUGAAUGGGGCCGUGGAGGAUGCUAAGACAGCCCGGCUGUUCAACAUCACCAGCUCUGCCCUAGCCGCCUCCUGCAUCAUCCUGGUCUUCAUCUUCCUGCGGUAUCCGCUGUCUGACUACUGAGGCUGCAGCUCAACCGCAGAGACCAGCAGAGACGUCUUACUUUCAUGAUGGCUCAGAUGUAGCUCCUGUGAGGUUGGGGCUUCUGCCCUGGGGUGCCCUGAGCUGUGAACCAUCGAAGGCUGCCCCUCGCCCCUGCCUCCGCCCGUCCCCGGGGCAAGGGGCCUCUCCCCAUGCUGCUGCGCCCCGGCUUUCAGUGGCUGCCAUCCCCCCUAGUGGGCCCUUCCCCUUGUGGGUUCUCAGGGCCCCUCAGACCUGACACCCAGCAAGAAGGGCUCAUACGAGAGCUUCCCAGGCUGAGGGACUGCCAGUAUUGGGGAAUCGCUCUCUUCCGCCCCUCUGCCUCCUGCUGCCUUGCUCAGAGCUCU